AUGCGGAAACCAGGCCCUCAAAAAGCCAUAGACUGGAAAGAUGGUAAAAAGCACAAGUACGGCCGCCCGUCAGAGUCCCCCUCCCAGUACCAAGGUCACUUCACCUGGGAGAAAUACCUGAAAGAAACAUGUGCCAUCCCAGCUCCUGCCCAUUGCUUCAAGCAGUCAUACACUCCACCUGCAAAUGAAUUCAAGAUCAGUAUGAAACUAGAAGCCCAGGACCCCCGGAACACCACGUCCACGUGCAUCGCCACAGUGGUGGGUCUGACGGGUGCACGCCUGCGCCUGCGCCUCGAUGGCAGCGAUAACAAGAAUGACUUCUGGAGGCUGGUGGACUCUGCUGAAAUCCAGCCCAUAGGAAACUGUGAGAAGAAUGGAGGGAUGCUGCAGCCUCCACUGGGCUUUCGGCUGAAUGCCUCCUCUUGGCCCAUGUUCCUUCUGAAGACUCUGAAUGGAGCAGAGAUGGCUCCUGUCCGGAUUUUCCACAAGGAACCACCAUCUCCAUCCCAAAACUUCUUCAAGACAGGUAUGAAGCUGGAGGCAGUGGACAGGAAGAACCCUCACUUCAUCUGCCCGGCCACCAUUGGGGAGGUGAGAGGUUCUGAGGUCCUCAUAACAUUUGAUGGCUGGAGAGGUGCCUUCGAUUACUGGUGCCGAUAUGAUUCCCGGGACAUCUUUCCCGUAGGCUGGUGCUCGCUGACUGGAGAUAAUCUGCAGCCCCCUGGAACAAAAGUUGUGAUUCCAAAGAGCCCUUUACCUGCCUCCGAAGUAAACUCGGAGAAACCUAGCAUGCACAGUAGCACAAAGACUGGUUUGGGGCAGCAACAAGGGCAAAGGCGUCGCAAAACAGGGAAGAAGCGUGGUCGAACGACCAAAGCGCUAAUCCAUCACCCCAUGCCUACACCCUCCAAGUCAGUGGAGCCUUUGAAAUUCCCCAGAAAGAGAGGCCCCAAGCCUGGCAGUAAGAGGAAACCUAGGACAUUGCUGAACCCAGCACCCACCUCUCCAACCACCAGUACCCCAGAACCAGACACAAGCACUGUGCCCCAGGACGCUGCUACAGUCCCCAGCUCUGCCAUGCAGGCUCCCACAGUUUGCAUUUACUUGAACAAGAACGGCAGCACUGGGCCCCACCUAGACAAGAAGAAAGUUCAGCAGCUGCCGGACCAUUUUGGACCUGCUCGAGCUUCUGUUGUCCUGCAGCAAGCAGUACAGGCCUGCAUUGAUUGUGCUUACCAUCAGAAAACAGUCUUCUCCUUCUUAAAACAAGGCCACGGGGGAGAGGUCAUCUCAGCUGUGUUUGAUCGGGAACAGCACACUCUGAACCUGCCAGCAGUAAACAGUAUCACCUACGUCCUCCGCUUCCUGGAGAAGCUCUGCCACAAUCUUCGCAGUGACAACCUCUUUGGGAACCAGCCUUUCACUCAGAACAGCCACAUGCAGCGCUCACACGAGUACGACCACGACAGGUAUCUACCAGACAGAAGCAGUUCCUUAGACGGCACUCUGCAGGGACCAGGCCGGGGUACAAAGCGCUAUUCCCAAGAUUUCCCUCCAUACAGUGCUCCUCUCUCCCCCAAGUUACCAAAGAAUGACCGUCACCCUUUGGAAGGUGAAACCUUUGUCCUGGGAGAUGGCCUCCCAGGGCCCUUGGAGCCUCGCCUGGACCCCAUGGACUCUGCCUUGAACUCU